AUGUCAGCUAUGCAAGACCUUAGACGUGAUUCUGUGAUUGAACAGAAAGCUGCGCCUGAAGCUCCAAAGCAAGAGCAAACCAACAAGCGUAUCAUUGCAUGUUCUGUCGAUCCCACAUCAGCUGGUUACGUUAUCAAUUGGAUAUUGGCUAACUUUGUGCGAGCUGAUCAAGACCAAAUUGUGUUGAUGCAUGUGCGACCCUUCGAUAUGCCUGUGGCUCCUUAUGUCGAUACCACCGGAUAUAUAACAGAAAUGCAGGAAGACCGUGAUGAGAGUCAUCGUUUCCUCAAGGCAUGCGCUACUCAAUUUUGGCACAAUGGCAUCGAUUGCAAGGCAGUAUCCAUGAUGGGUGAUCCCAAAGAAGAGCUUAUGCGAAAGGUGAAGGAUAUCAAGGCUGAUGUUCUCAUCAUGGGUGCACGUGGUUUAGGAGCUUUCAAGAGAGCUUUCCUUGGCAGUGUGAGUGACCAUUGUGUACAUCAUGCACCAUGCGCAGUGGUCAUUGUUAAGCACCCAGACGCACCCAAAUCACCCAAAUCAUCCAAAUCACCCAAAUCGAAAAAGUAG